CAGAAUCACACACUUCUCCAGUUCGAACAACCAUCGCUUUAUCUCUUUGAGGAACUUCGACAUAACUUGAAGAACAGUCAACACAGAGUUCAACAUGGUACGUUUGCCUGUCCUCCGAGAGCUUUUACUGGAUCGAUGGUCCUCGCCGGGCCCAAUGUUCCGUACGACGAAUUGCCCGCACGAGACCAUUCCACGCCUCUCGCCGAACCAUUCCAUGUCUCGUGCAGGCUUUCGCUCGAACAUUGCCGCCCUGCCCUCGGAUCGUAAUCGCUCGCCUUGAACCGUGUCGCUGACCAGCUCCUUCCCCCCCACAGUCGGACGGAGAAGAGCCCACCAACGUCGAGGAGGUCGGCGCGGCCGAGGACGUCGAGGUCUCGGCCGACAAGCCCUCGGGCGGCAUGUCCGUCCUGGACGCGCUCAAGGGCGUGCUCAAGAUCGCGCUGAUCCACGACGGGCUCGCCCGCGGCCUCCGCGAGGCCAGCAAGGCCCUCGACCGCCGCCAGGCCCACAUGUGCGUGCUCAACGAGGCGUGCGAGGAGGAGGCGUACAAGAAGCUGGUCGUCGCCCUGUGCGGCGAGCACAAGAUCCCGCUCAUCAAGGUCCCGGAUGGAAAGCAGCUCGGCGAGUGGGCCGGUUUGUGCCAGAUCGACCGUGAGGGUAACGCCCGCAAGGUCGUCAACUGCUCUUGCGUCGUCGUCAAGGACUGGGGUGAAGAGUCCCAGGAGCGCUCCAUCCUCCUCAACUACUUCCAGACCGAGCAAUAGACGUCGGGAGGUGAUUGGACGAAGGGGUUUUCCCGAUGGUAAAACGAACACGCAUGUACGGGUCAACGAAAAGGAACGAGAUCGGCACGGGCAGCAGACUUGUACUGGAGGAGAAGGUUGUCGGUCGGGCCACCUUUCUUAUGAAAGUGCAGACUGGGAGCUAUCGUGGGGGGGAGAACAUCGCGAAAUCCGUGAUCGUCCUGCCACUCGGCCACAUCUCGAAAAGUUUUUAGACCAGCAAAUGAGAAGACGAUUUACCACCCACCGUCGUGUUCCCGCGUCCGCAUGUCAUGCCAUGGUGAUAGGGGUAUAAAUGUUUGCCACGAACGUUUCAUUUUUUCC